CCCACCUCAGCAUGGGCCUUGCCAUCGAGGCAGCUCAGCUGUCUGUGCUGGUCUGAGAGGGGGGCGGGGCGCUGCCCGUCAUGGGGGCAGCCAUCUCUCAGGGGGCCCUCAUCGCCAUCGUCUGCAACGGCCUCGUUGGCUUCCUGCUGCUGCUGCUCUGGGUCAUCCUCUGCUGGGCCUGCCACUCUCGCUCCGUCGACGUCGACUCCCUCUCGGAGUCCAGUCCCAACUCCAGCCCGGGCCCCUGCCCUGAGAAGGCACCUCCGCCCCAGAAGCUGAGCCAUGAAGGCAGCUACCUGCUGCAGCCCUAAAGGUCCCCAACCUGGCCUGGAACCUAAGCCUGCCCACCCGAGAGCCUGGAAACCAGGAUCCCAGAGGCCAGCCUGUUCCGAGCUGAACCCAAUAGUCUAGCCAAGCCCUGGCUACAAGACUGGCUCAGGAGGUCCUAGGGAGAUGGGCCUGGGCUGGGGGUUCCUGAGUUGGUGCUAGGACCAGGGCCAUCUGGACUCUGCUCCAUCCCCAGGGCUGGUGGCUGGGUUGGUCCUUGCCCCGGGGGCAUGAGCACCUCUAGCCUUCUGGGUUGGGGAAGCAAACUGGAGCCUGUGGCAAUAAUAGGAGGGUGUCUAGGCUGGGCCCCUCUCCUGGUCCUCCCGCUGUUUGCUGGAUAAUAAAUGGAACUAUGGCUCUA